AUGAUAUUCAUUGUGUUUGUCAAGUACUCAAUCACAAGGUUCAAUAUUAGCAACUGCCCGUACGUCACAUCAUGGCAAUCUUAUUGGACCGAUCAACGAAAGAUAAGAUAUAAUCGAGCAGCAUUGGCCAUUGGACUCAUCUUCUCAGUCGCUCUGACCGGUGUCGUCUCAUUCCAAUACUCGAACGCACCCUGGGCACAUAUGGUCUUUGCCUCCAUCUACUUCAUUGGUGGCAUGGUAUACAUCUGUCUACAAACCAUCCUUGACCUCAAUGUUCACGCCAAUCCCGGUCGAGUCAUGACCAUCCGUGUCAUCAUAUGCGCUCUUUGUAUACUUUUCUUCCUUCCAUACUUCAUUCUCCAAUUCUUCACGUCGGCUAUCAACCAAGACAUGUCUGCACUGUUUGAGAUACUGUGCGCUGUCACUCAGUUCAUCUACUUUGUGAGCUACUACUAUGAGUUUGAUCAGUUCAAGAUGAAGAUCGACUUCCACUAUUCACAACCAGAGCGUCAGAACUUGCUCUGA